UGCCACUCCACCGCCAACCUGGGCCUUACCUACCCUUUUUACAUUACUUUACCCGCCUUGCGCCUGCUCUGCCUCGCCUGCCUUACCUCACCUUUCUCUCUUACCUCUCUUUCCCUUUACAAACCUUCCAACCUCACCUCGAGCUGUCUGCGCCUGUCGCUCCUUGUCUUUCUGACUUGGCUCUCUCUGCCUUUUCAACCUGCCGACCGACCGCGCAAACAAUCCUCAUCCAUCCUUCUAUCCCAUCGGAACAGCAUCGCAAAAACCCCUCCUCUCGCUUUUAGGUUCCCUACCGUCGCAAGGAAGGAGAAACUGAACAGGGACAGGAAGAAAGAAGCCAUUAGAAAAGAGGAAGAAGAAGAAGAGGGAAAACAGGGACCGCAACAUCGUCCUCGUCACCAUCGACACCUUCAUCCUAAGAAGCUUCACCGUCUGCACAAUCAACUGAUUGCUGCCGUUGCUGCUGCUGCUGCUGCUGCUGCAACCGUUGUCUCUCACCGGCAAAACACAAGUCGCCGACACACCGGGAUUGUCUCCUACUUAGUAGUACCUGACUUACUCGGUUUGAUGAUCCCAACCUGACCUCACUUUCAUUCCUCGACAACAGCGACACUACUCAAAGACGCAUUCACUCACGUUUACUCGGCUAUCAUCAUUGUGAGAGUCGGAUCAUUGCCAAAUCCGCCGCCACUUUUAAAAUUAAUCAUUCCAGCCACGCGGUCCAACAUCCGUACCGCUCCGUUGUCGAAUCUAACCGUACUUACCUUUUGCGCACCGAGCUGCCGCUGCUUACUCUUGCGCCCGCGCUCUCCGACGGCUUAUACGGCACCCGCUAUCUGUACUCAACUCCAAAAAUCCCCCCACCACCGCCACCAUUCUGUGUGCGCGUGCGCUUCUCGAGUCAACCGACUUGGCUGGCCGCGCCCUCUUCUAUCCGCCACAGCCCGCUUGGUCAUGAUUCUUGCCCUUCCCGUGCUUGGUCGGAAUUAUUCGGUAGCAGGGUUCAGCAGAUAGGCCAACCUCACGCGCAGGCCAUUAUCGCAUUUCGCCCAAAGGGCCCCUUUCAACCACACCACCAACUACAAACACCACUCCACGACACCCACUGCUCGCCAACACGAUAGCAUCGCGCGGCGACGAGAGUGCAGGUUCAGUCGCGGCAUCCGGGUGGAAUCGCCGCAACCAGAGCAUGGCAGAGGAGCAAGGACGAGGGCCGCCUUCUACACACCGAGAAGACGAAGGUCGACACCAACUUCCCCCCGUGGGAGCACCCGAAGACCCAAGAUACCACGACGACAGACAUCAUAGACCCAACAUGGCUGCACCAGUAACACUUCCCUCCAUUCAGGAUCCCCACGGCGCCUACGGCCAACCAGCCUACCCGAGGUCUUACCCUGGCGAUCCACGGGGUGACCCGCGCGCCGAUCCGCGCGCCAGCAACUACAGCGCCUCCCCGAAUUCCGUUAACGGCUACCCGCCGCCGCAACCGGGUGGUCAUGCGCCGCAACUGCCGCCGUUGCAACCCCCGGGUGACCCCAGGUCUCCCACUUAUCCUCCUCCGCCAGAUGGAAGGGACGACUACUACAGAAAUCGCCAGCCUCCGCCGCAGUAUGGCGACCCCUACUAUCAGGAGUAUCACAACCGCCAAGGUCCGCCUCCUCCGGGUCGCUACGCCGACUACCCUCCACCUGGCCCUGGUGGUCCACGAUACGACUACCCACCAGGCGCACCGAGAUACGACUACGGUCCAGGAGGCCCUCCCAUGCAGCAAGCUGCCCCAAGACAACGAACCUCUAUAGCUUGCAGGUACUGCAGAAAGAGAAAGAUCCGGUGCAGCGGCUAUCAGAGUGCGCCUGGCGGCAAAUGCGUAAACUGCAGCAGGAUGAACCAGGAGUGCAUAUUCCAGCCCGUAUCUUCGUCUAGCUCGACUGCAUUUGUGCCCGUAUCGGCCAUCCAGGGAGGUGUUCCACCGGGAACGCCGCUCUAUGGGGCUUACGGGCAACCUCUACCUCCGGGUUCGCUGCCUCCGCCAGGCCCCCAGGGUUACCCCCCUCAGCCUGGCAACGGCGGUUACUACCAACAACCACUCCCUUCUCCAACGGGCGGCUACUCGCCCUACGAUGCGCAGCGUGGAAGGCGGCGGCCGAGGGAUGAUGAAGUUGACGAGCUCCGACCUCCGCCACCCGAUCCGAACUCUGCAGACGAUCCUCGACGUCGCUCGCCAGCCUCGAGCUCGAAUCACAGCAGCCCGGGAGGCUACAUGGGCUACUCGCAGGGCGGUCAUCCCGGAUAUGACCCAAGAGCGCCUCCGGCUAGACAUAGUCCUGGACAGCCGGCGGCAGUACCUCACCCGCAGACGGGAGACGAGCGAGCCGCGGCAGCGACCCAGCGACAAAGCAAUUCCUCCACACCAGCAGCAUCCUCGAGCUCGGUUAUGAGCCUGAAUAACUUGGUGGACACGACUCCAAAUGACAUUGACAGGAACAUGCUGGGAAGGCUGAACCGUCCUCCAGUGAGAAAGUGAGAAGAUGAGGCGCAUGGAGGGGAAGAGAGCGUGACCUUUGUCUUCAGGGUUACCUAAUUAUUCCGCGGAUAUCGACCGCCUCAGUCCGACGCAAAUAGGAAUGGAUCUGCUGGCCAGGUACUCUCUUCGCUUUGGAAAAUCUCUCGAUACGACAACCUCAGAGACUUGGCUUUCACCUCGAUUAUUGCGAGCGAUGCCAGCGAAAGCGGCGACGACGGCAAGAGUUUUAUGCGAUUUAACUCAGGUUGCAUACAUUACAAAGUUCAUGGAAACGCAUAUCGGUCUUUGACAGGCAUAGGCAGGGAGGCAUGAGCUUCUGUAGCAAGCGAGUUUCCAUGAUGGAGGGGGGGGAGUUGGCGGGAACGGCUUCCAGGAUCAACCAAAAAAAAUUCACGGUCAGCAUCGUCUUGAUUUUCGAUUUUUUGGUGUUUGCUGGGGGCUGGCUGAGGUUGGGAAAUGGUGGGAGGUUUUUUGCUUGAGCAUACCACGUACGCGGGUUACCCGAGAUCCGGGAAACUGGUCCUUGCAUUCUUAUUUGCUUUGUUCUACACCUUUUCUUUUCGUACACAGUCAUUUCCCAAAGGAACGGAAAGGGUUAAGAUUGGUCUGCCUCACGGCACACGUCUGUUUUUGAUUUUCUGUCCUGCCUUUUUACUCAUUUUUAGUACCCAUUGUCCGACACGCCACACAUGCUGGAGUGUUGCAUUUUUCAUGUCAAAACCGCUGCGUACCUUUUUUUAUUAUUAUCUUAUCUUUACUAGUACCCCAAACGUUGAGAGAGUAUUACGAAGGCGAAAUCGCGCAAGCGAUGCAAAGGAACUGGGCGGCAAAGAUAUCACACAACCUCAUCACUUUUAUCUACAUCCCACAUGAGUUGGGUGCGUUUUAUUGUUUUCCCUCCCACCCCCUGUCAUGUCAUGUUGUGUCUUUUUCGUUCUGCAGAAGUCAGAAGUUGGCAGCACCGCGAGGGCUACAAAAAAUACCGAGGUUGUUUUUUUCUACUACUACUUCAUUCCAACGAAUCUCUCUACUCAUGAUUGUCAUGUCCUUCAUCUCUCACAUAGCAACACACACCCACACACCCCGACAAGGUGUGGUGUGCGGUUUGGAAAGAAAGUAAUGAAACCUAAAACACAUUUUAAAAAAAGCCAAGCGUAGCAUUGUCACUAUUGUCACUAUUGUCUAUGGC